GUGUAAGCCCCCCCCCCCCCCCCUCCAAAAAAAAAGUGGUACAACGAGCCAGGAACCGUCACAUCAUCAAAUAACAACGAGCUUGUGGAAAAAGGGAACGGACUACCCGAUUCAGAUGUCGGUGAAGAGAAGGGGGAAAAAAGGCGAAGAAGUGAGCGUCGUGGGAGGGCGGGCCACCUGUGACGGCGAAUGAGUGCAGAAGAACCUCGAGUCAGUUCCACUUAGUAUUGUGUUUCGUUCAGUGGGUGUUUGUGAGUGUGUUUCGGCGUUUAAAGUCCACUUGGAUUAUUUUUAGCUCAAGGAAACGUACAUACUGGUAUCUUUCUCUUGGACUCUCUUGAUUCAGGUUCCUUCGGUCCUUUCUACAGCACAGUGAAGGAAGUUGCCUGCUUGCCUUCCAAUGCCAGUGAGUGAGUGAGUGUUUGUGUGAGUCGUAGGGUGAAUAUGUUUGUGUGAGUGCCUUCACGUGUGUAUACACCCUGGUCGGAGCGUGUGUGUCCCAUGAGACGCUCUGCGGAGAUGCAGGGAGCGCGAUCCUCUGCGGUGCGGCUGCUGCUGCUGAGCUGCUGUGUGUGUGCAACAGCCGGCUACCCAUUCAGAACACCCCUGGACCUGGAUGUGACUCCACGCGUCACCGUGUUGAGCAGUGGUCUCCAGGGCUGCAGACGUUUCCAGUCUUCUGCAGUCAACUACAGCACCAUGUUCCUGGAGGCUGACAGUGAGCGUCUCUACGUCGGGGCCCGGGGGGCUGUAUUCGCUCUCAAUGCCUCUGACAUUUCAGUCAGCUCUGUUCUCACUAUUGAGUGGGAAGCCUCUCCCGAGCAAAAGCUACAGUGUCUGCUCAAGGGAAAAGACAAUACGACUGAGUGUUUUAAUCACAUCCGAUUCCUCCAGACGUUCAACUCGACUCAUCUCUACAUGUGUGGGACUCAUGCCUUCAGUCCCCUCUGUGCAUACAUAGAUAAGGAGAGGUUUGUGAUGUCAUCUCAGCCUGAAGAAGGCAAAGACAAAUGUCCCUACGGCCCGACAACGGGCUACACUGCCCUCCUCAUCGACCAGCAGAUGUAUACAGCUUCCCAGUACGAGUUUAGGAGCUUUCCAGAUAUCCGCCGCAACUCUCCGUCUCCCACACUGAAGACAGAAGAUGCUCCCACACGUUGGCUGAAUGAGGCAGACUUCGUGGGCUCGACACUGGUGAGGGAGAGUUUGGGCAGCAGCACCGGUGAUGAUGAUAAGAUCUACUACUUCUUCACUGAGAGGAGCCAGGAGCAGACCACAACCUACAGCCACAGCCGGGUGGCCCGAGUGGCGCGCGUUUGUAAGGGGGACCGGGGAGGCCGUUUAACUCUCCAGAAACGGUGGACUUCCUUCCUCAAGGCCAGGCUGACAUGUUCUCUGCCCGAAUACGACUUCCACUUCAACAUGCUGCGCAGCGUGUUUGUCAUGCCUGGCCUCACGCCGCAGGACACGCUCUUCUACGGCAUCUUCGGCCUCGAGUGGAAAAACGUGAAGGCCUCUGCAGUGUGUCGGUUCUCUCUGUCUGAAGUCCAAGAGGCCUUUCAAGGACCCUACAUGGAGAACCAGGACUCUGGCUUUAAGUGGAAAGAAUACACUGGAAAGAUCCCUGACCCACGACCUGGAACGUGUAUAACAGACGCUCUGAGGGCCAGGGGCAUAAACUUCUCCACCUCUCUGCCUGAUGAUGUGCUGAAUUUUGUCAGGAGGCAUCCUCUGAUGUCCCAGCAGGUCCAACCAUCAGACAGACGUCCCCUUUUGUUUAGGCGGACUACAGACUACACACACAUGGCCGUACACAUGAUCCAAGGCUUGGAUGGAAAAACAUACCAUGUAUUGUACUUGGGCACAGAUGAAGGCUGGUUACAUAAAGCUGUAGAAAUUGAGGGUCGGCUUCACAUUAUCGAGGAGCUUCAACUGUUUGAGGAACCCCAACCUGUUAACAACCUGCUGCUAUCUGCAAAACAGAUGAGUGUGUACGUGGGCUCUCCAUCAGGCGUGGUGCAGCUUCCCCUCUCUAACUGUCGCAGAUACACCUCCUGCUACGACUGUGUCUUUGCCAAGGACCCUCACUGUGCCUGGAACGGAGCCCAGUGUGUAGACAUAAUGGCACAAGCAGACAGAUCCACUUUAAUCCAGGACAUCCAGCAGGGCAGCAAAGGAUGUGAAAAUACACAAAAUGAGAUUGUCGUGCGGAGCCGCUCUGUGCGGGUGGGUGAUGACGUGCUGCUGCAGUGUGAGCUCAGCUCCAACCUGGCGACACCCCUCUGGACUAUGGAUGGCGGCGAGCUGCGGGGCUACGGUCUCAACUCUGGCUUCAGAACCGGCACAGACGGCCUGCUGAUCAUCGAGGCCCGGCAGGACCAGAGCGGGCUGUACACCUGCUACGCUGUUGAGAACAAUAUCAAGGUUGCCCUAGUUACCUACAACAUCACCAUCCACCUGGACCUGCCCCCUCCCCCACCUGUUGAGCCAACUGAAGACCAUUACAGUGACUUUGCCACCCGGCCAGCACCCACUGAGCGUCCCUCCCCUGAGAGGCCCCUGCCACCAGCCCCGGCCCCUCACCUCCCCCACUCAGAGCUGCUCUCCCCCAGGAACAUGGAGGCCAUGUAUCUGUCCCUCAUCACCAUCCUUGGAGGCCUGUGUGUGGUCCUCACCGUGGUCCUUAUCUAUGUGGGCGUCUGCUUGCGAGUGGGCAACAGAGGGAAGUACUCAAUACGAGCCGCAGCUUCUGCCUUCCCGAACAGUAAGAGGCAGAACAGGCACAGAAAACAGCACAGAAACUCCUCCCACAUGGAGCUGAAGACCAUCUCAAGCCACUGUAACGGCAACGGCAUUUGUAAUGGAGUUUCAAAACAGCACAACGGCGACAUUCAGGACGGAGGCUUCCUCCAGAUCGUCCCCGGUGAGGGUCACCCAUCAUCCAAUAAGGAGCCUCCUCCCCCGGCCCCUCCUCUCCCACCAACCCCACAACAUCCCUCUCCAGAGUGUGACUUCCCCAACGGGCUGUCGGCCACGCUGCCCAGCGUCCUGAGGAGGAUGAACGGCAACAGCUAUGUGCUGCUGAGGCAGAGUGAGUCUGAAAGCACAUCACCGCUCUGCUACUCCUUUGCCGAGGAGCUCAACAGGAUCUUAGAGAAGAGGAAGCACACUCAGCUGCUGCCCAGGCCGGACGAGAGCUCUGUGUAGAGAGAUGUAGCUCCCCCUGUGGUGGGAGGACUGCUGUGUUCUUACCUGGUACUGAAGUGCCUCUCAUGAGACUCAUUGGACUAAAGCAAUGAGAGUCUUUACUUCAUUCUUUACUUUGGAUUUUUUUUACAAGUCCACAUUGAGACAUUUCUGUUUUUUUAACUUUUGAGCUGCUUGUCAACAUAAAUUCCCAAUUUGCCCAAUGCAUAACGUGAGAAUGAGAAAUGCCAGUGAAGGACCGAGCAUGAAGUGGAAAGCAAGUGCAAUCUACCUCACCUAAAUCAUGCCCAGUCAGUCUGUAAUAUGAUCCAAGUAUCAGGGCUGAGAUCUCAGCCACAGAAAGAUCUCUGAUCGCUGACAAAGCACAAAGCGGGACACACAGAUUCCACCGCGGAGCCCCAUGGGAAUAUAAAUACAUGUGAAGGCUCGAUUCAAACUGGAGGGCAGCUAGCCAAAGUUGGUUUGCACUGACAAGUGCACAGAUGGCCUAUGCAUUUUUAAAACAUGACAUUCACACUUUAUACAUUUUAAAGGGGGGCUUGACGUGGUGAGCGAGGGAAUUUGGUUUGCAAUGUUUUCACUUUAAAUAAUGACUUAAUCAAUUGCGAUAACCAACAAACAACAACAAACAGUAACUCAUAACUGCACAUAACACUUUACACCAGCCAUCAUUAAGAAAUGGUGAACUAAUCAUUAUUUAAUAUUGUUAUUAACCAUUAUUUGGAGUUAAGUAAUUGAAGAUGUAUUCAUUUAUUCCAUUGUUUUAUAUGAAUCAUUAAUGACAUAAUGUACCUUAUUUAAUCAUUAAUGAAUGACUAUAUUAAUAAUUCAAAUAGCCAUUUACAUGUGUUAAAAAUGGUAAGAAAUUAAAUCAAUAACUUUUGACUGCCACAAUGAACAGUUUGUUAGUACUUACCUGAUAUGCAGGUAAACCUUUGACUACUGUUACAAUAUUUGCAAACACAAAUAUGCAUAAAUGUACUUUACAGCUGCAGCUGAGGCUCACAGUUCAUCAUAAAUGGUUAUAAAGGGUGAAGCCUUAUGUUGGCCUUUAUUUUAACGUAUAACUCAUGUCUGCUCUUCCUACAAAUUCAUAAGAUAUUAAAGAUUAAACAAGAAAAUAAUGUUAUUUUACCUUUACAUAAUUGAAGGAAUAUUAAAUAAUGAUUAUUUCACCAAGUGUUAAUAGACAACCUGAAGAAAAUAUGACCGUAUUAUUGAUUUUAAUGCACGUUUUAAAGCGCUUCGGGAAGGGUAAAAGACACUAUUAUAGAAUCUGACUCUGCAACCUGUCAACAACCAGCAGGCUGGAGGCGCUUUUUGAUUGGUCGUUUCUCAGUAUGAAGAGCUACAGCAGUGAAGGCUACAGCUUUGUCUGCUGGACCUCGUUUGACACGAGUGGUUUAGAAGGAAAACACUGACUGCGUCUCAGCUGAGCCUCAAUCCACCGCUGAGUAACACCCUGCAUGAGAUCUUAAUGCAGAAUGACAGACUGCCAAAAAAAUCCAAGUUUAGGUUCAGAGAUGCCCGAAUGAAAACAUCUGCUACAGUCUGAUACACAGAUGUACUGUAUCACCUCAAACAGCAUAUUUCAUUUACGUGAGGGACCCAACCAUUGAUGGCAUUAAACAAACUAAGGCUUAAUUUCUAGAAAUCAGGGUGACGGAGGAGCUUCAUGCUUGACUCUCUAUGGCUCUCAGUUUCAUUCUUGACAUUUCUUUUGCAGUUUUGUCUUCUUUUCACUUACAUCACAAGUUCAUCUUUAGACUAGUUUGGUCAUUCAAUAUCACACUGUUUAUUUUCCUUAUCAGUGUCCUCUUGCUGCAUCCGCCUGUUGAUCUUCUGUCAGAGGGCAGCAUUAAUUAAACACUCGUCUGACCUUAUUGCUGAAGGAGGGAGAGAAGAGACAGAGUCUGAUGUGCAUAGGUCAGUUUGAGUUUCUCUUAAUUUCAUUCUCGGGGACACCAUGUCUCCACUAGCGUCAGGUGGCAAGACCCGCUGCAGAUGUUCUUUUAAUGAGCAGUGAAAUGACAUUCAGCAUCAUUAGUGGACAGCUGAGCCAGAAGAGAAAGAGAAGCUGGAUAAGGGCUUCAGCAUGAGAGUCUCUGAACCUCCAGCUCUGCUUCCCCACAACUGGAAUGAAAAUUGUUGGCUGCAGUGUCUUAUCGAGCAACGGUUGUUCUUCAGCGGCUCUUUGUGUGCAGAGAGCAUCGUCUGUUUGAUGCAAACUUUGUAGACCAAACUCAACGUAUAACGAUUUUAUUCUCACACUUGCUGCAUGAAUUAUAUUUUGACACUGCUGUUUUUUCUUUAAGUCUAAAAAAAACAACAAGGACUCAUCUUAAUAUUAAUGAAAAGUGCCAAGGGUUGAUGUUUUUAUAAAAACGUUGAGCCCAUUUUAUUGCAAAACCAGAAGAAAAGAUUUAAAAAAAGAAACAUAUUUAUUUUGUACAUUCUCUUUUGGAAGUUAAUGUCAAUGUUGCUGUUUAGGUGCUACUUGUGAGACACCCUCCUGACAAGGGGGUCACAAGUUGCCUGUGUUGCACAAAAUGUAAUAAAUAGAAGCACGGUAGCCAAAAGCAUGCAGAGGCUGUACCAGCACCACAUAAUUUAAUAUGUAUAACCUACUAAUAGGAAUAAAAUACACCAAUGUACGUAUUCACUCUAACCUAUUAAUUAGGGAUCUUUCAGUUUAUCUGUCACUGUAAUGGCCACUUAUGAGUUUUGAUCUCUAUUUGCAUGUUCCCCCCCCCAUUUGUGCACACAGCUAAUUAUUUUACUAAACUGACACACAAAAAAAGUGGGUUCUUUCACAUUUCAGUCAUAAAGAGUUAAAAUAAAACUUUGUACUUCAA